AUGUCGACAACAGGCACAGCCAGUAACAAUAACACAAGCAGCAGCAAUGCAUCGGACAUGAGUGAAUUAUCACUUGAAAUACCUGUUUGGGUGUACGGCAAACGUAAAUGGGUAACCGGUAUCACAAAAAAGACAACAUUCGAUGAUCUUAUCUAUGCUUUAUUGGCACAAGCUGAUCUACUAAAAUCUUCGACAUUAACAAAUUCCUCGCCGAACGCAGUUACAGGUUAUGCGAUCGCUGAAUGUGUACAACUGACAGCGUCGACUGUACCAAAUGCCAAUGAAUCCGAAGCACCAUCGCUAAUCACUCAACGUCUACUUAAAGGCCGUGGCAAAGUAAUUAAAGCGUAUAAGACUUGGCAAUUCGAUAAAUUACCAUUAACCAUCCUUCAUCUUAUAUCGACCUCGUCAAUAAUUGAUCAUAAUUCUUCGACAUCGAAGUUUCGUUCGAAAAUCUUCCGUCGUUUUCUUUCAGCGAAAUCUCAGUCAUUUUCGUCGAUAUCUGCGUCGUUACUAACAUCUUCACAAUCCGAUUCAUCAUUGAUAUCUAUCACGAAUAAUCAAUGCCAAGCCCAGUCGAUCGCCUAUCGACAAAAGUCGCUGAACGAUUUCAAUGAGAAUAUGAACGUUAUCGAAAGACAAAAGCGUCUACUCGAUUACCUCGACGAGAAAAUUCAUCAAGCAGAAACAUUAUCAUCCCCGAUAUCGAAGACAUUGCCCCGAAACCCAUAUUCGCCUGACUCAUCGACGUCGUCAUCUCUUUCCAACAAUGAAGUAUCAUUGACUGAUGUUUCACGUUUAUUUUCUCAUCAAAUCGACCAACAGGAUCAGUUAAUCUUCGCUACACAACUAUGUAAUUCAAUCUUGAAUAUGCAAGAACGUAUCGAUGAGAAAACAAAUAUCUUAUAUGCUGUCGAACAAGCGAUAUCAAAUGAACUCAAUCAUGUUUUACAUCAACAACAUUAUGAUACGCUACCAAGUACAUUGCCAUCAACUAGUAAUGAGAAUAAUUCUCAAAUGUCCAAUGAUUUACUCUCGUUGAAAAAUUCAAUCUAUCGUAGUCGAGAAUUAUCACGAAUUCAAUCAAAAGAAAUGCACGAUUUAGAUCUAUCGUUACGCGAAAUGGAAAUCUUACUCGCUUCCAAAUACGAUGAACUGAAAUACCUCGAAUACGAAACAUCGUCGAAUCUAAUGACAUCAUCGAGAUGCAUGACACCGAAUUAUUUGUCACAACAACAGAAUUUUCGAACAAAUAUCGACGAACAAUCGCCCUACGAUACCCUGGACAUUGCUACGACAACAACAAACGUGGUGUUUACGUCGAUUAAAGAAGCUGAUGAAGAUUCAGGUAUCAAUUCCUUAACUAGCGACGAUAGUAAUCAUCAUACAAUGUCACUUGUUCAUCAGAAAACUCAUCUGCAGAAUACUCAGCUUGAAACACUUGUCUAA